UCGAAUGUUGCUUGUAUAUAGCCUAUUCCUCCCACUUUUUGCUCAGCCCACCUGGGCUCUUAUUGAGGGCAUCUACUGCGGACUAGAAAACUGCUAUGAUGUGCUGGGAGUAACGAGAGACGCCACACCUCGCGAGAUCACGAAAGCAUACCGAAAGCUAGCUCGCGAGUACCACCCGGACUCAAAUAAAGAUGACCCAACAGCUCACGAUAAGUUUAUUACAAUAGCCACAGCUUAUGAGACACUUAAAGAUGAAGAAACAAGAACUGAGUAUAAUUCUAUGCUUGAUAAUCCAGACCAAAUUUACAGACAUUACUACAGGUAUUACAGGAGAAAAGCGCCAAAUGUGGAUGUUAGAUUAGUGUUAGUAGUGACAAUAUCAGUCAUAUCAGCAAUACAGUAUUACGCAUGUUGGUAUCGAUAUCACGAAGCUAUUAGUUACCUGGUGACGGUGGCUAAAUAUAGAAACAUGGCCAUAGAGAUCGCACAAGAUAGAGGUCUGUUUGACACGGGAAAGAACAAGGUCAAAGGCAACAGAGGGGUCAAAGAGGAAAUGAAGAGCUUCAAGGAACAGGUCAUCAGAGAUAUCGUAGCUGAAAACAUGGACAUUCAAGGAGGCUACAGCAAACCAGACAUCUAUUGUAUCCUUUGGGUGCAGCUGUUCACGUGGCCCUACCAACGGGUAUUAGACCUCAAAUGGUUGACCUUGUAUUUUGUAAAUCACACAAUAUUCAAGAAACCCCUAGGCAGGGAGCAGAAGCUGUACAAAAUCAGGAAGAAUCUCAAGCUCUCAGAGAGUCAGUUCAACUACCUGGAACCACAUCAGAUUAACGAGUACCUCGAUUUGAAACUAUGGGAGAAGGAUUCCUUCGACGACUAUAAACGUGAGAAAGAAGAAGAGCAAAAGCUGCUAAUGGCCAAUAAUGCUAAGCUAAAAAAAUACAAACGCUGGCUGAAAAACCAUGGCACAGGUCGGAUGACCUUCGAAGAUUAGACAGCGCUUCAAAACUGAAAUCUUGAUAGCAUCAGUUGAACGUUCAUCAAAUUGUAUUAUUUAAAAGUGCCUACGAGUUGAUAAUCAGAUAUUAUACUGGUCUACGUGCAAACAUCCAAAAUAGCCUAAAAAAUUAGGUGAUAGAAUUAUAAAAUAAGUUAAGAAAAGAAAACAUACGGAGGGCUGACGCAUAUAGAGCAGAUCUCAAGUGAUUUUUGUCUUCCAGGAUCCGUGGCGCUUCCUUCCUAUAACCACGAUAUUUUCCAUAAAAUAGGAAUUUUGGUUUGUAAUAUAGUUUCUCGGAUGGUUGCCUUGCAAGCGUUGGUCGUGAUUUUAUGGUCGGUAAGAAAACAAAAACAGGCCAAAACGACGUUAAUAAGCACUAUUUGCAAAGUUUCGAUCGGAAAUAACGUUUUUUUGGCGCGCUCUCCCUCAUCUUAAUUAAAUUUUUUAGGACCAGUUUGAGGUUGGUCAUCAAAAAUGGGUGUCGUUAAAUAGUACCAAAGGGGGCCUUUGAAAAAAUUCGUCAACUAGAAUUGUGGGGGUUUGCUGGAAUGGAGUGAAUGCUCGGUUAGUGGUGCUCUGGAGGUGGGUUGUAGUAUUUUUUUGGUACCAGCGAAGUUACCGUCUUUUUGGAUCUUGAAGAUUUCCCGUGA